AUGACCAUUGGACGUGACUCGCCAGCCGAAGCUCCCCCAUCGAAAAGGUCGAAGUUACGCCAUGUCGAAGAUGAGUCGAUCGGCGUACUCGACUCUGCUUCAUCUGCAGAUGAGGAGGCUCGAGUCAAAGAGAUCAUGCAGGAGCCAGUCGAGGUGACCAAAUCCUACGACUUUGAGAUAGAUUAUCGGGAUAAAUUGGUGCUCGCACCUAUGGUCCGCAGCGGAACCUUGCCAGCCCGAUUACUAUCGCUCUAUUACGGAGCUGGACUGGUCUGGUCACCCGAGAUUGUCGAUCGGGCGAUAAUUGGGGCGACGAGAACCGUUGAUGAGAAGACUGGGGUGAUCACCUAUUCAAAGGGUCAGGGACCCAUCUUCACAACACAUCCUGUUGAAAAACCCUACCUCAUUUUUCAGAUCGGCUCGUCAGAUCCAGCUUUAGCUUUGGAGGCUGCCAAGACAGUACAGCAAGAUGUAUCAGGAAUAGAUCUCAAUUGCGGCUGUCCAAAGCCUUUCUCAACCCAUGCUGGCAUGGGUGCCGCUCUCCUCUCCACACCUGACCUCUUGAUUUCCAUCCUUCGCAAUCUCAUUGCGCACAUCCCGUUGCCGGUUUCGUGCAAGAUUCGACUUCUCCCUACACAAUCUUCCACGCUGGUCCUCGCAGCACGUCUUCUCAAGACUGGAAUACGCAACCUGACUGUGCACUGCCGCACAAGGAACAUGCGGUCCUCGGAAAAGGCUUUAUGGGAACGACUGUCUGACAUAGUCAAGCUGGGCAAGGCUAGAGGAGUGCCGAUUAUCUGCAAUGGAGAUGGUGAUGGCUGGUCUAAUUGGACUUUCAUUCGCGAUAUGACCGGGGCAGACUCUCUAAUGAUUGCGCGAGCCGCGGAGCGUAAUCCAUCAGUCUUCUCGCAGGGUGGUCCAAAAUCCAACGUCGAGACAGUCUUGCCGAAAAUGCUGCAAUUGGUGGAUCAACUAGGUCAUCAUUGGUCGAAUGCCAGAUUUCUACUGAUGCAGUAUCAUCCUGCUGGGUCUGGAUUAUCUAAGGAUGAGAAGAAACGCAUCCAAGAUGCUCUCACGACGAGCAAAUCGGUCGAGGAGGCUGCAGCAAAACUCAAUGUGUGUCUUUCGGAAGGUCCAACAGUCAUGCAGGAAAUAAUAAGGAUUCUGGGUGGAAGCUCUAAGGAGGACUCCAAGCUUUCCCAGGCCACGGUGGCUCCAUCUCCUCCAAUAGAUGAUCCAGAGGAAGCGUUGUACAAUUCAGCUUAG